GUCACUCUAUAAAUGUCCCCGGGAGUUUCCGAAAUCCACACUCGGUGACUUCAACUGAACAAUGGUUAACAUGAGCUAUCACCAAUCUCUACAAAAACACACACAAACCCUGAAUCCGAAACAGCCGAGGAAAAGAAAUAAUAAAAAGAAAAGGAAUUAUUGGGACAAAAUAUCGCCACCAACUCACAUUCAAACUUGAUUGACAAGAGACACUUUAAAGUUUAUGUAUUUUUUCUGGGUCAGGUCUGGUGUGCUAGGUGUGGGAGCAUAUCGUAUUGUGUCUGUGGAUAGCGACUGAUUGGUGCGAUGACUGCGGAGUGGCUGUACCCCCCUGGUGUGGGGCCGCUAUGUGGUGCAGAGUUGGAGGCGUGGUAUGAAGACCUACAGGAUAUACUGGGCUCCGACGCAGGCGGGGCCAAACUCACGCGAGCCCCGCCUUGCUCCGAGAAGGAGCCCGAGUUUCUGGAUGUGUUGGAGAGCUGCUCGCUCACCUGGUUGACGGAGGGGCAGGUAUGGGGCGAUGGUGUGCAACGCGUCACCGACGACCCGCCGCCGACGCCUCCGCGACAGGAGGACCGGAGAGGCGGCGAUUCGGAGCACACCUCGUCCGGAGGAGACCUGCUUCCGCCCGAGUUCUUCGAGCUCCUCAGCGAAGGAGGCGUGGGGUCGGUGGAAACGAUGGUCAGCGGCGGGUACCACCUCCACCCGCCUCCGUCUCCGGCCGCCAGCGAGGAGGAGCUCCCUACGGUUCCCGACACGUCGUCCUGCUCCUCGGCGUCCCGCUCGCCCUCCCUCAACUGCUCCCCGCCGGCGUCCCCUCCCGUCUCCUCGCGACCGGGCAAGAGAAAGCGAGGGGGCGAGAAAGGAGGCGCGCUGUGCUCGCCGUCCCCGGGGAAGAAGAGCAGAAGAGAGCGCGAGCAGGAGAACGAGAGGAAGGUGCAGGAGCUGACGGAUCAGAACGAGCGCCUCAAAGCCGAGAUCGAGCGAUUGGGAGAGGAGGUGCAGAGGACGCGCCGGGCGCUCAUCGAGAGACUCGUCAACACCAGGAGGUGAAGGAGCAACAGGAAAGAAGGGGUUGAAGGGAAGCGAACAAUUGACCGUGAAAUGCACAUUUAGAAGGAGAUAAAAGACACGUGGGACGGGGGGGAGAGAGGGGAGAGCGUCUCCCACCGAGAGAGAAAGAGAAAGUCAGAUUGAGCCGUAAAGAAAAGAAGGAAUGUGGAGCCCAGCGGAAACACGUCCCGGUCGAACCUCAUCCCAAAACCAAUUAGAUUUUUUAUAAAGAAUGCAAAGCUUUUUCAGUAAAUUAAAAUGACUAAUAUUAUGUUAAAGCACUUCAAUCAGGCAAAUACUACUAUGAUAAAUGUUAAAAAUAAAUAAAAAUAUCAAGAGCAAAUAUGAAAUAAAGCGUAAUUUUACAAAGUUAAAAUUAAAAUGACUGUAAUGCGUUUUUAAAAACAUUUUAAACAGGAAAAAUUAAAAGCAAGUACUACUAUAGUGUUUAAAUGUUACAGUUUAAUGAAUGACGCUAUGAAUAAAUUAAAGAAUUACAGCAAUAAAAAUAUCAAAAGCAAAGAAGAAAUUAGAUAAAUUAGAAAACGAAGGUUUUUACCUACAUAAAACGACUAAUCAGCAAAAAUGUACAAACAAUACAAAUAUAUUUUAAAUUAUUAAAAGAGGACACAAAUUAAAGAAUGAUAUAGCAAUGAUAAUAAAUAAAAAUAUUGAAAGCGAAUAUGAAAUUAUAUAAAUGAAAAAAAUAAAGCCUAAUUUUACGAAGGUUUUGCAGUAAAUUAAAAUGACCAAUGCAUAUUUUUUUAAACAUUUAAAUCAGCAAAAAUUUAAGGCAAGUACUAAUGUGGUGUUUAAAUGUUACGAAUACAUUAAAGAAUGAGAUCACAUCACAGCAAUAAAAAUAUCAAAAGCAAAGAAGAAAAUAGAUAACUUAGAAAACAAAGUUUUUUACCUACAUAAAACGACUGUAAUCAGCAAAAAUUUAAGACAGUAAAACAAAUAUAAAUAUAUUUUAAAUUAUCAAAAGAGAACACAAAUUAAAGUAUGCGAUAUUUUGCAUUACAGUAAUAAAAAUGCAGUAUGCAAUUAACUUUUGGUAAAAUUGGUAAUGGUACUAAAAACCACCUUUAUUUUAAGCAAAUUAUAACUUCCGAAGACCGGUUUCCUUGAGAUUCACCUGGUAAUAUCGCGAACGAAAGCCUAAAACGCUCUUAUUAAACUACCCAAAGUUAAUCAACUUUCUGUGUAACUGAAAGCUGAUUGUUCGUCUGUGGAGAGGAGUCUGUAGGGAACGUAGAACAGACGAUGGAAGAAACGGCAGAACUGCAAUAAAAAGGAUGUAGAAGCAACGUGAUUGUAUCAGUAACAUGAUUGUAGAAGCGAAUGGAGGUGUGUUUCAUUGUAACCAGCCUGCUCUGAUUGGUCUAAUGUGUUAAUGACAGGGCUUUUAAAUGUGUUAAUGACAGAGAUUAGUAGCUCAGGACUGUUAUUCUGAACGAUUGUGAGCCGUUUCUCUCUGCGCUCACCAUCAACCCGAGGCCUCUAAGUGUGAGUGUGUGUGUGUGUUUAGGGGAAGAUUAUUAUGAAUGGCGAUUUUGCUCUCACUUAUUUCUCUUGAAACUUUUUCAAAUUUUUUAGAACUAGCAGUUUAUAACACUCUCUGCCUCUGAUCUAUGCCUAUUUUUCUAUAUGUGUAUCACAUGAUCAUCAUUACAUGUAAUCAUUUAUCUUCCUAAUGUUAAAAUAAACGUGCAUGCCGAA